AUGAGGAUUCCCAAGAAAGAUACGACAAAGCUCAACUAUGUGACGCAAGACACCAUGGACAACAAUCCGGAACUCAGGGUGCCACAACAUGAGACAAAAGACAAGAAACUAAAACUUCUGAACUCCGGUACGGUCUCUAUGGAUGUAGAUAUUGAUAAAGUCGGGUACUAUCAAGGGGAGAGCAUUCAAGUCUUUGCUACCAUUCAAAACAACUCCUCUCGAGAUAUCCGGCCCAAGUUUUGUCUUUACAGUAAGCAAAGCUUUUUUGCAAGAAGACUUCUCACCAAAGACCUGGUCAAAGAGGUCCAGCAGAAGGUCACCCAGGGCCCGUCUGUGGCUCCACCUCCAGCUGCUUCAGACUUUGGAGUUGGAGCCUAUGGAAAUGCUCAGCCUCCAAUUUAUUGCCCCAUGCCCUACGCCCUACGCCCCACAAGGACCACAAUAUAUCCCUCCACAGCCAGGGGCCACGACUCCUCUUUCAGCUCCAGCAUCCUGAGCUCGACUGAGGGUGACACAAUGACGAUCCAGAAUUUCUCUAUCGAAUAUGAUGCCAUCAACAGCAAGAACAUCUUUUCAACUGGGGACAAAAUCAAAGGAAGAAUUGUUCUAGAAGUAUCGAAGAAGAUUCAGGUCCAAGCCCUGAUUUUCAGAGCACAGGGACAGGCCAAGGUCUGCUGGAGUGAACAACGCGGACAGUACGUACACAUGGUCUACAUGUCAAAAGAAAAGUACUACAAUGUGGAGCAGCACAUCCUGCCAACCAGGCCUCACGGCACUGAUGUGAUUGGCCCAGGGAAACAUGUGUUUCCCUUUUCUUUCAAGAUUACUGAAAGUAACCUCCCAUCAACGUUUAAAUCCUCGGUUGGUAAAAUCGUGCACAAGUUGAAGGCAGAGCUGAAGCAGUCCAUGAAGAUGACAAAAACGGCCAAAACGCACAUCACAUUUGUCUCCCCAGCUGACAUGAAUAUCCCUGGACUUCUGGAACCUCAGCAUGGAUCUAAAGAUAAAACCAUCAGUGCUUUUGGAUCCGGAACUGUGGCCAUGGACGUCAACAUAGAGAGGCUGGGAUAUUGGCAAGGUGAAGCUCUAAAAGUUACUGUUGAAAUCCAAAACCAGUCGUCCCGAAUGGUGAAGCCGAAACUGAUCUUUUAUAAAGCGAAGAGUCAUUUCGCCCAGGGUAGAAGGAGAAUGACCACGUCCAACAUUUUAAAGGAAAAGUGUGACCCGGUGGAGUCUGGCUGUAGCAAAACUGUGAGAAAAACCAUCACCAUCCCACAGGAACUGCCCUGUUCUAUACUGAACUGCAGCAUCAUCAGGCUGGAGUACCGGCUCAAGGCUGGAGUACCGGCUCAAGGUAAGACACUGAGCAUCAUCAGGCUGGAGUACCGGCUCAAGGCUGGAGUACCGGCUCAAGGUAAGACACUGAGCAUCAUCAGGCUGGAGUACCGGCUCAAGGCUGGAGUACCGGCUCAAGGUAAGACACUGAGCAUCAUCAGGCUGGAGUACCGGCUCAAGGCUGGAGUACCGGCUCAAGGUAAGACACUGAGCAUCAUCAGGCUGGAGUACCGGCUCAAGAUCCGACUGGACAUCAAAUUUGCGAUUAACCCUGAGAUUGAAUUACCCAUCGUUGUUUUACCUGAAAAAAGCAGCCACAUGGCACCUUCAAAUAAGUCAAAGGAAGAUGAGACUUUGGCCCAACCCACUUCAGGCACAGCGAGCUCUCUCAGCCAGGCCCCGGCUGGGCGUGCCCAGGCCCCGGCUGGGCGUGCCCCGGCCCCGGCUGGGCGUGCCCCGGCCCCGGCUGGGCGUGCCCCGGCCCCGUCUGGGCGUGCCCAGGCCCCGGCUGGGCGUGCUGGGCGUGCCCAGGCCCCGGCUGGGCGUGCCCAGGCCCCGGUGCGGUACCCUCCAGCUGCUGCCUCAGCCUCAGACGACCCUCCUCCCCAUGGUGCAGACGCCCUGUACCCAUCCUACUCCCACGUGGACCGUCACAGCCUUUUGUAG